GUACGGGGCACGUACAUGCUUCCUGUUAAAUAGAUGGCGAUCCCCUCUCACUCAAGAUCACAGCAUAAGUAUCGUCGCCAGGGUCGAUUCUCGAGGGCAUUCAUCGAUUGCAAUAUCUAUUAUUUGCUUUCAAUUCGCCGAAGAAAUCCUCUACACGCAUCUUUUUGGAUAUUUUACAAGUCCUUUCUAGAUAUACUCUAGUAUAAUCAUGGCGGCCAAAUCACGUUUGCCUCUGUGGAUCGGUUUGGGUGUCGCCGGUGCAGGUGGUUACUAUCUGUACUCUGCCGGCGGAGAUCCAAGGAAGGCUACGCGAAAGUUCGAAGAGGAUGCCUCGCGGGCGAAGCACAAAAUUAGAGGCGAUCUUCAUAAAGAUGCGGAAGAUAUCGGUGCCCAAGCCGGUGCACGGGUUGAUGAAGGGGUCGACAAGGCGCGAGAUACUGCAAAGCGUAUAGACCAACGGGCCACGGGCUAUGCGAAGGAAAAAGCCAGUGAACUCGAGAAAGCUCGUCAGGAUACUGCAAGAGAUUUUCACGAGAAGAUCGACAGUCUAGAACGGGAUGUCGAGAAGAAAGCCGAAGAAGCAAAGAGCGGCGUCUCAUCUUGGUUUGGUGGCGGCAAGAAAUAAAAUACUUGGACUGGGCCACAAGUGGAUAAAUGGGAUGGGUGUGUAUAGAGACCAAAUUACUGUUGAAUUUCGCCUCCGGGCGUGUGGUGCUACGAAUUCCUCAGCGUGCUACUCGGUCACGGCUGGAGAGCCUUUGGAGGUAUUGUAAAAUUAACGACCCUCCAAUAUCAACCGAUAUAAAAGCAGUGAGCUGCGGAUGUCGUUUGCUUUUGCAUGUGGUAACUGCUUUUCCUUUUUUGCUUUUUCCCUUCCGCUUGCAAAUUGGAACGGGUGUUAUGAAAUCUAGUACGGAGUUCUUUAAAUAUAUUCAAUUCUCACG